AUUUCAAUGAUAAAUAAAUAUAAGUAUUAAAAUCGCCUUGCUAUAAAGUGUGUGUGAUGAGAUGCUAUACAGCUCAUUUCAUUGGCUACGAAGUAUUUGAAGAUAAACUCAAGAGUACAGUAAAUAUAAGAUCCGACUGAAUGAAAAUCGGCUUAUAGUUAUAAACUCUGCUUGCAGUAGAUAUAAGGGAGGGAGAAUUCACAGAUUUUGACGGUAGAAAAGUAGAAAAGCAGCAGCAGCAGCCAAUCACCAGAACCAUUAAUUAGUCACUGAAGUUAUAAAAGUAUACCAAAGAGUGAUGUUUCCGAAUAUAGCCUGGUGGAUGUUUUAGAACAGCUGGUUGGUGUCUAGUGGUGUGCACACAAUGUGGAUUCCCGAACGCAACUCUACUAUCGACUACCAGCAGCAUGCGUUCUGCUGCUUUUCUGUUUUCCUCCUGUCAAGCUGUGAAUUCUCCUUAAGGUGGUUUAAGAAAAAAAUGUGUAGCUGUGUGUUGAGAAUAUAGAUCCAUUAAUAUAUCGCUCUCUCUAUCAUGGAAAUGUUCUUUAAUUAAUAUAAUGCGUGAAAAUAUAUGAAUAAAUAUCAAAAUGAGUUAAAAGUUGUAGAUAAAAUGACUCUAGUAUUUUGUAAAAUUUUGUAAAAUUUUUAUAUCUAAUUUUAAAUAGACAUCCGUAUUGGCAUAAUUGUAAUUAUUGAAAGUCUUAACUGAUACUGAUUAUGACGUGCAGGAAUCCUUUAAAGAAAAAUUACUUAACCCAGAGACCAACAUCUGCAUCACCACUUUUAUCCCAUGCAGAAGAUAAAGAAUUAGAUCUUGUUGUGCAAAGACUCAUCUAUAUUGAGAGUGCAGUAAGAAAAUUAACAAAGGAGAUGAAGAAAUAUAUAGCAGCUUUGAUAAAUUUGGAUAAAGCAGAUCAAAGAUUAAGUAUGAAUUUAACUAGUUGUGGAUUGGCACAGAAUAAUGGUGAAUAUAGAAGAAUAGUGGAAGAAUAUUUUUCCAUCGCUACUCAAGUUGGGAAAAACAUUCAAGAAACGACUAAUCUAUGUCAUAAGACAUUUAUAGAACCUUUGAAGAAGUUGAGGAAUGAGUUUGUCACUAUUGCUGCAGCGAUAACAAAGCGUGAGGAUCUAGUGACUACAUGGAAAUAUUUGUACAAUCGUGUGAAAAAAUUGCAAGAGAAAAAAGACAGAACUGCCAGUCACAUUGCAAAGUUAGAAAGAGAACGAAGAAUGGAAGAAGUGGCCGCUAAAGAUUUGAAAAUUAUACACACUCAAUUACUUAUGGAUUUACCAGUAUUCCUCGAAAAAAGACUUGAAUACAUCAAUCCUUGCAUUCAUGCUGUGAUUAUGGUACAAUUAAAUUAUUAUGGUUAUGUGACACAGCUAUAUACACAGUUAAUGCCUAUACAGUACUCUGAGUUCAGCUCAUCAUCAAGUGUAACACCUGUACCUGAGGAGGAAUAUCAGCGAGCUGUAAAAAUUGAAUUAAAUAGAUUAAGGGCGUUAACAAUAGUGAAGGAUGUUUAAAAACAGUAAUAUAACAUUGUUUUAUUAUAUUUAAAAUAAUAAUAUAGUAUAAAAAUAUAUACCACGUACUUGAGCAAGUCUCUAUAUUAAAUAAAUUAUA